AUGCUGGACCAUCGUCUAUGUCAGUACCGUGCCAGCGUCCAUCAUCCAAACACGGAGACGUGGCCACAGCCUGAUGCUUGGGAUUCAGUGGCGGAAAAGGCAAACAACCGGUAUUCUUGGCAGUCUGUUUCAGAUGUUCACUGGACAGAAUCCAUCAAUGUGGAUCUACCGAUAUCCCGUGAGAAACUUUCGAACGUCAUGCUGACCUCUAACCCUGCAGAAGAAGAAAAUUCCGGCACCUAUCCUUUCCGAAUCAAUGAAGGUCGUGCAAUAAUUGACUGCUGUCGGAACAACCCACUGUCCAAACAAACCGAAUACCUAAACGAUUUCCCACCAUGUUGGCCCGGCACUUUUCCCGAUCAUCCGACCGUCGACGUUUUAGUCAACACCUACCAAGAUCCAAGCCUCCCCUUAGCAUCCCGUUCAGAAUGCGAGACCCGGCACAUGCGUGAACCGGAACUCGUUUCGUUGGUAUCAUCCAGCGCGUCCAUGUCCAGCCUGCGUGCUUCUUCCACUCAACUUUCGUUUAACAUGUCAGAAAUCGCUGAGCAACUUCUUGCCUCCUAUCCUCCCCAGAACCCAACAACGAACAAAGAUCCGGUAAAAUUUGACCUAAUGCUAUGUGAUACAAAAUCGGAUACAGAGCAUAACUGUGACGUCAUGUUUUCCGAACCGACCAAAGUUGAGAGAUCAGAGUCCAAACAAAUACACGGGGAACAAAACGUGACACAAAUUGAGCUGAACACGAAAAACAAUCCGAUUAAACAGACAGAUGAAUUCGUUGAUUGGAACAACUGGAGUCAGUUCGGUUCCGUUGAUGCAAUAUGGCGACCUCAAGAAUCAACUCAAAACGGACUACAGUCUUCUGACAAACUACUGGGUAAAAGUGCGCCUCAGUUUGACUCUCAGUUGACAUAUUCCUCGAAUAAAUUUUCUGAGCCUCUCCAAUGUCCCAAUCCUCCCAAACAUGUACAGGCCUACCUGUCCCAAACCCUGCCUCAAACUGUUUCAAUCCCCACGUCCUCCAGCUCGGAAUCACACAUCACCCUAACAAGCCCUGUUUAUACCACUCCACAACUCAUCCCCCAGUCGAAGAACUCACCAUUUUUAGACUCGAAAUUGGAGCAUUUGGAUACGUGGAAAAGAACGACCGCAGAAUGUUAUGCUCCGGUGCCUCAACCAAACUACAUAUACCCUAUGGUCAGUUCAGAUCUGGGUUGUACUGGUCGCACGUUCGCCAGGCUCGAUAACGAUGCAAAUAUUCGUCAUGUACACAACACUUCUCAGAAAGCCGGUUCGACUGGUCUUUUCACUAGAGGUCGUCGACGAGUAUUCACUGAAUUGGUUUCACCAUUCGAGAAUGAAGACGGACACAAGGAGUUUCCAGUUGUAAAACGAGACGAGAUCAAUUUCAUGACUCAUUCGGAACAACCUCUAGUUUAUACCAGUCAUGGGCUGCUCAAUGUAAUAUCUCAAAAUACACUUGGUAGCAAAACCUACGAAUCGAUGCAUCCUGUACGGUCAUUUACACAAAAAGAGUUCGGUGGGAACCGAACAAAUCAAUUGAGCCCAGUCACACGUGAGCGGACGCGCAAAAAUUCACCCAAGAAGCCCAUUGUUCCCAAUUCCUGUAUGCCAAGUGGCAGCAAUAUGAACAACGUCAACAGCCUGAACACUGUGGUGCAUAGAUGCACUUACAACGGUUGUCAGAAGAGUUAUUCGAAAAGUUCUCAUCUCAAAGCUCAUAUUCGUACACAUACCGGAGAAAAACCGUAUGCAUGCACCUGGACGGAAUGUCAUUGGCGCUUUGCCCGUUCGGAUGAACUAACACGACACAUUCGAAAACACACUGGGGUGCGUCCCUUCCAUUGCCAGAUGUGUGGCCGUGCAUUCGCUCGAAGUGAUCACCUGGCCUUACAUGCCAAAAAACACGGUGUAAAUGAUACGCGGUUCUCCCAUUCCGCCCCGCACAUUGCGGAGUGAUUACAAAAACCUACAGAAAGAGGGAUCACGUUCCCCGGUUAACCUGUCACCCACGGUGUGCUCCUGCCUGCCACCAAGAGAACCAGUUCUUGAAAAUACCGUUGUGAGUCUUCUAAGCUCGCUUAUUUGUGUAAUUUAUUGGAAGAACUAGAUAGUGUUCUGCUUUGUCGCUCUCUGGUUGAAGUUGAAGGCAACGGAGAAAUCCUGCUUGGCCGUUGUAAUUUUCUAUCGUUUUCCUUCGCUCGCAUUUGUCUGAUUCAAACUCAUGAGAAUCAUUGAUUUUGUUAUCUUAAUUCCUUACUGUAUGUAUGAUAGAGCCACUAUCACGACAACCAUAAUUUUUCACCAGGUUUUCUCUAGAAAUCAGACUGUUCGUUUCCCAUGUGAUUUACUCUCGUUGGAGAAUUUGGUGACGCUACAAACAACAGAUACAACGAAGACAACAAAAAAACAAGAAACAGUUAUUUUCUUCAAUGUUUCUGUCUUUCUUUUCUAUUUUCAAA